AUGAGUUCACCACUCGGUCCUCCUGAAUCAUCAGCUGCUGCUGGUGGCCGCAAACGCCAGCGAGACGACGAAGAUGUACACAUGCGCUCAUCCUCUGCCGCUCCUCCUUCAAGCCCUCCCAGAUCCUCGCCUCCUCCACUACCGCGAGACGAACUUGACGAUGACGAAGACGAUAUCAUUGAGCCCGAUGAGGACCUCAUCCCAGACCUUGACGAUGCCGAAGAACAGCUAGAAGACGAUGCUGGUGUCGACCUGUUCGGUGACAACUUCGAGAAUGAUUACAGACGUCGCGAAGACGACUUCUACGAGGGCCAGGAUAUCGAUGAUGAAGGAGACUACGACGACCUGGACCUGGCUGCCAGACGACAACUCGAUGCCCGCCUCAACCGUCGUGACCGCGAGCUGGCUCGCCAAAGGAGACCCCAAGUAGCUUUGGAUGAGGACGAGGACGACUUGAUGGAUCUGACCAGACAGCCCCGCAGGCGGCGACACAGAUACGAUGAGGAACAGGACGACAUGGAUAUGACUGAGGACAUCAUGACCGAGGAGCUCUCUGCCGAAGGCCUGGCCGAUGUCAAGGCCGCCAACCUGACUGAUUGGAUUGCACAACCCGCUGUACAUCGCGGUAUCGCUCGUGAGCUCAAAUCCUUCUUGACCGAGUUCGUUGACGACAACGGCAUCUCUGUUUAUGGUGUCCGCAUCCGCACCUUGGGUGAGGUCAACGCCGAAUCUCUGGAGAUCGACUGGGAGCACCUCAGUAUGACAAAGCCUACACUGGCAUACUUCAUUGCCAACGUACCUACCGAGACUCUCAAAAUCUUCGACCGCGUCGCCAUGGACGUCACUCUCUACCACUACCCCGACUACGAACGCAUCCAUUCCGAAAUUCACGUUCGCAUUAACGGAUUGCCUACGACCUACACCUUGCGAGAGUUGCGCCAAAGUCAUCUCAAUUCCCUCGUCAGAGUCAGUGGUGUCGUGACACGCCGUACUGGUGUCUUCCCUCAACUCAAGUACAUCAAGUUCGACUGCACCAAGUGCGGUGUCACUCUGGGUCCCUUCCCCCAAGACUCCAACUCUGAAGUCAAGAUCUCGUUCUGUCAAAACUGCCAAUCACGUGGUCCCUUCACCAUCAAUUCCGAAAAGACAGUCUACCGCAACUAUCAGAAGAUCACUCUGCAAGAGUCGCCGGGAACUGUGCCUGCCGGUCGUCUGCCUCGACACAGAGAAGUCAUUCUUUUGUGGGAUCUGAUCGAUUCGGCCAAGCCCGGUGAGGAAGUCGAGAUUACUGGUAUCUACCGCAACAACUACGAUGCCGCCCUGAACAACAAGAACGGUUUCCCCGUCUUUGCAACCAUUAUUGAAGCCAACCAUGUCAUCAAGUCUCACGACCAGCUCUCUGGCUUCAGACUGACAGAGCAAGAUGUAGAAGACAUUCCUGUCGCACUCAGUCUAUUUGGUGGUGUGAGCAAGGAAGCUCAAGGCAAGCAUUCUAUCAGAGGUGAUAUUAACGUAUUGCUCCUCGGAGACCCCGGUACUGCAAAGUCACAGGUGUUGAAGUACAUAGAGAGUACUGCACACAGAGCCGUCUUUGCUACAGGUCAGGGUGCUUCAGCCGUUGGUCUGACCGCCUCGGUGAGACGUGAUCCAAUGACUUCAGAGUGGACUCUCGAAGGAGGUGCUCUGGUGCUGGCAGACAAAGGAACCUGCCUGAUCGACGAGUUCGACAAGAUGAACGACCAAGACCGUACUUCUAUCCACGAAGCCAUGGAACAACAAACCAUUUCCAUCUCCAAGGCCGGUAUCGUCACAACACUACAAGCUCGCUGCGCAGUAGUGGCAGCAGCCAACCCUAUCGGAGGCAGAUACAACGGCACCGUCCCCUUCAGUCAAAAUGUCGAACUCACCGAACCCAUCCUCUCUCGUUUCGACAUCCUCUGCGUGGUCCGCGACACUGUUGACCCGGAAGAAGACGAACGCCUAGCUGCAUUCGUUGUAAAUUCGCACGGCAGAGCACACCCUACCCUUAGUGGUUCCGCCAGCGAUGCACCAGUCAACAGUAUGCAAGAUGCCAAUAUGGAGAUUGACGGCGACCAAGGAACCAGCAAGCAAGGCGAGAUACCGCAAGAUAUGUUGAGAAAGUACAUUCUCUAUGCUCGCGAGAAGCAUCGUCCUCAAUUGGUCUCGAUCGAUCAAGACAAGAUUGCGAGACUGNUCCGUCAUCUGGAAUCCAUCCUCCGUAUCGCCGAAGCCUUUGCCAAAAUGCGUCUAUCCGAGUACUGCAGCAGUACAGAUAUUGACCGUGCCAUCGCUGUCGCUGUUGACUCGUUCGUGGGCAGCCAAAAGGUCAGCUGUAAGAAAGCGUUGGCUAGAGCAUUUGCAAAGUACACGCUUGCUAGACCUGGAGCUGUUCGCAAGAGCAGGAACGCAAGAGCCGGUGCUGCCAAUGUUGAUGUCGCUGCUUGA